AUGGAUCCCCUACGAGAUAACACUCUACCAGCUACCAACAGAGAAGACAGGGAAACAGAACCACCGGCCCUAAAUCUGUUCCCCCCAACCAGCGAAGAAGGAGAAACCAGCGACCCCCUGGCGAUAAGACAGACGAUACCUCCGAUAGCCAUAGCACCUGAUGAAGAGCCAAUCAACAACCAAGCAAUGUUCAAGGCUUUCCUAGAAAUCACCAGUCUACUUAAAGACAUCAAACAGAGUAUCUCGUUAAAGUCGCCAGAGCAGGGAUCAGCGAAAUCACCAGUACAGAAGUCAACGUCAACCAUGGACAAGGGAAAAGAACCGAUGCGAGAGGAAGGUGCCCCGGAAAAUUCCGCAAAGAAACAAAACGCCCCCAUAGUAAUUCCAGACGAAGAACGUUGGAUGGAUGAACAACACACCCUCAAAGGCGGAGAAGAGCAUCUGGAAGAAAAAGUCCGCCAAGUCAUGAGCAGGCUUGGAAUAAGAUGUGAAGACGUAGACAUCUCUCUUCGAAGUGACUCACCACUUGCAGAUUUCAUCAUCUCUCACGAGUUCCCUACAAAGUUCAGAUACCCUCCAAAUUUGGAAUCAUACGAUGGAACAGGCUGUCCCAAGAGCCAUAUUCACAAAUUCCAAGCGGUGAUCAAUGUUCAGACAAACUUAGAUCACGUACUAUGCAAACUUUUUCCUACUACCUUAAAAGGUCUGGCGCAGGAAUGGUAUCAGAGUUUAAAGCCAGGAUCAGUGCUGACGUUCAAACAAUUCUCAGGACUUUUCCAGGCUAGAUUCGUAGCAUGCAUCCCUCAAAAGAAGCUGUCCACAGACCUGCUGGCCAUCAUGCAAUGGGAAGGAGAGACACUCAGGAAGUAUGUAGAAAGAUUCAAUAAGGAGGCGAUGCAGAUAGAAGACCUGAUCCAGGAGAUCGCCUACACCGCAUUACUCAAUGGAACUACCAACUCCGACCUACGAAAGGAAUUGUUGGCUAAAUCACCAAAAUCAUUUACCACACUGAUGACCAUCGCACAUACACAGAUCAGAGUGGAUGAUGGCCAGAGAGAGAUAGAGAAUCGCCUCGGACGGGUAGAAGAACGAACGUUUGCAGAAAGAAGAAAUGGGGACAGAUCGCCCAUAGGAAAGAGGUUCGGAGAAAAAGGCAACGACCAUUUUAGAAAUAAAAGAAAAAAAGACGAAGAUAGGCGAUAUACGCCCCUGAACACGACCAGAACCAACAUACUGUUUUGGGUAAAAGACAGCCGAGAGAAGGUCAGAUGGCCGAGGAAGAUGAACGCUGCAUCAGCCAGCAAAAGAGACAACAGCAAAUACUGUGAAUUUCACAAAGACAACGGCCACACCACAGAUGAAUGCUGGCACCUGAAGGAGGAGAUAGAGAAGCUGAUAGAAAGGGGAUCCCUUUCCCAGUUCGUAAAAAGGGACACCGAAGCCAGAGAGACGGAGUCAGAAAGAAAGAAAGAGCGGAAAGAAGAAACCGCCAGAAGACCCAGACCAGAGCCAGCAGGCGUGGUUAACGUAAUAAUGGGCGGAUCGACCGGAGGAGACAGCAAUACUACAAGAAAGAAAGCUGCAAGAACAGUCUACUCAGUUAGCCCAGGUGCACCAAAUGCUAAGAAAUUCAGAAGCGUAUCUUUUUCGGAGGGCGAUAGUCAUGGCUUAUCAGUCCCCCAUGAGGACGCCCUAGUUGUCAAGGGGCGACUCAACAAUUUCGAAGUAUCUCGGAUGCUUGUGGACACGGGAAGUUCGGUAAACAUGAUCACAAUGGAGGUGUUCGGCAGAAUUGGACUCAAGAAAGAAAAUUUGACACAUGUCUCUACUCCACUGGUGGGACUAGGAGGCAAAUCUGUACAGGUGGAAGGAUCACUGGAGAUAAACAUCCAACUGGGGGAUGGAGAGAUCUACAAAGAGAUCCGAGCAGAAUUCAUGGUGGUCAAUAUGGACUUCGCAUACAACGCAAUUCUCGGAAGGCCACUUUUGCACGAUACGUGCGCAUCCAUUUGCAUGAGGUACCUACUAAUGAAAAUCCCAACCAGAGAAGGCGAUGCUGAAGUCAGAGGAUGCCAAAAGUCAGCCAGAGAAGCAUACUUUACAGCUCUCAGGAAAGUACAUAUAACCUUGCCAGUACUAACAAUGGAACCUCCAGAGAAGAAGGAAAGGGCGGAGCAUUAUGGGCGAACCGCGAAAAUCGAAUUAUCCCCAGGAAAGGAGAUAGAAGUUGGAGAUGAGCUAGAAGAAGAAAUCAAACGAUCUCUGACAGAAAACCUCAGAUCGUUUGGAGACUCCUUUGCCUGGACAACAGACGAAUUGAUCGGAGUAGACCCGGACGUCAUAUGUCAUCGGUUAAACAUAGCGACCGACGCAAAGGCAGUGAUACAGAAGAAGAGAAGGCACUCACCCGAAAAACAACUCGCCAUCGCAGAAGAGGUCGCCCGGUUAAAAGCAGCAAACGUGAUCAAAGACGCCUAUUACCCCAAGUGGGUAGCAAAUGUGGUGAUGGUAAAAAAGUCCAAUGGCACUUACCGAAUGUGUGUGGACUUCACAGAUCUGAAUAAAGCAUGUCCCAAAGAUAGUUUCCCGCUUCCACACAUUGAUCAGUUAGUAGACUCCACAGCAGGUCACGCCCUCUAUACAUUCCUAGAUGCCAAGGCGGGAUAUCAUCAGAUACCCAUGGCACCUGAGGACCAGGAGAAGACGGCCUUCAUAACGGACCAGGGAUUAUUUUGUUACAAGAUGAUGCCCUUCGGUCUGAAGAACGCAGGAGCCACAUAUCAGCGGCUGGUGAACUCAAUAUUCAGAGAUCAGAUAGGAAAACACAUGGAAGUUUAUGUGGAUGACAUGAUCAUCAAAAGCAUCCGAGCUGAAGACCACCCAACAGAUGUGAAGAUAGUCCUAGAGACGCUAAAGAGAUACCAGCUAAAACUCAAUCCGGAAAAGUGCGUAUUCGGAGUACCGGCAGGCAAGUUCUUGGGAUACAUGGUCUCUCAGCGGGGUAUUGAGGCUAACCCAGAUAAAAUCGAAGCGGUCUUAAAAAUGACACCGCCACGGAGCAUACAUGAAGUCCAGAAGCUCAACGGCCGGAUCACGGCUCUAGGUCGGUUCAUGUCCUGCUCGGCAAAACGAUGUCUGCCUUUCUUCAAAACCCUGAAACAGAUCAAGAACUUCACAUGGACAGCAGAAUGCCAGCAGGCGUUUGAGGAAUUGAAAAGCUUCCUAUCCUCGCCCCCACUUUUGGCGAGACCAGAUCCGGGCGACGUGUUAUAUUUAUACAUCUCUUGCUCUGACGAAACAAUAGCAGGAGUAUUGGUAUCGGAAAAAGGAGGAGAACAAUACCCGAUCUACUACAUUAGCAAAGUACUCAGAGAUGCGGAGCUGAGAUACCCAAAGUUGGAAAAGCUGGCGCUGUGCGUAUACACCGCCACCAUCAAGCUCCGACAUUACUUCGAAGGACACCAAGUCAUCGUACGAACCGACCAACCAUUACGAAAAAUCCUCCAGAAGGCAGAGACAAGUGGACGCAUAGCGGAAUGGGCCGUCAAAAUAGGAAGCCUGGGCGUUAUCUAUGAAGCCCAAAAAGCACUGAAAGCUCAAGCACUAGCCGACUUCUUCGCAGAAUUAACAUUCAAAGAACCCAUGGAGGACAAAACGACUCCCUGGGAGAUACACGUCGAUGGAGCAGUUUGCGGAGAAGGAGCGGGCAUCGGAGUCGUGCUCAAAGGACCAGGAAGAAUCCAAAUGGAAUACUCAGCAAGACUCGAAUUUCCAGCUUCCAACAAUGUUGCGGAAUAUGAGGCGCUGAUAACAGGGUUGCAAUUAUGCGAAGAGCUCAAUAUCUCCGAAGUCCAGAUCUACAGUGAUUCACAACUGGUCGUGAACCAAGUCUCAGGGAACUUCGAAGUAAAGGAAGCUGCAUUGAAGAAAUACGCCAAGCAAGCCAAAACCUUCUUUGCCGAUAAUGGGCGAUCCUGGUCGUUACAGCAAAUACCCAGAGCAAUGAAUGGAAGAUCAGACGAAUUGGCAAAGUGGGCGGCAACAAAGAAUUACGAUUCGAUGAGAAAUAUCCCUCAUGAAAUUAAACGACAGCCUAGCUUCCAAGGAGAAAUCGAAGAAGGCGAAAUGCUGAUAGUGGAAGAAGAGGAAGAAAACUGGAUGACUCCCCUCACAGCAUACUUAGCUGAUGGAACACUUCCGGAGGACAGAAAGGAAGCUAAAAGAAUAGUGGUACUAUCAUCAAAGUUCGGAAUAUACAAUGGCCAGCUGUACAAGCGGUCAUUCACCCAUCCCUGGCUAAAGUGUGUAAACAAAAGAGAAGGAGAGUACAUCAUGAGAGAACUACACGAAGGAACCUGCGGAGCACACGAUGGAGCAUCAACCCUGGUCAGGAAAGCCCUGCUACAAGGCUAUUAUUGGCCCUCGAUGAAAGAACAAGCAACAACGCUGGUAAGAGGAUGCUGGCCUUGCCAGCAACAUGCUUUGAUACCAAGAAAGCAAGCCUCAGAAAUGAAACCCAUCGGCAGUGCAUGGUCGUUCGCCCAGUGGGGUAUGGACAUCCUGGGACCUCUCCCUUUGGCCACAGGACAACGGAAGUUCCUGGUAGUGGCAAUCGACCACUUCACCAAGUGGAUAGAGGCAGAACCACUGUUCGACUCAGCAAAGUUUAGGAAGUUUUGUGCCGAGUAUCAGAUCGACCUAAGGUUCACUUCGGUUUACCAUCCACAAUCAAAUGGGCAAACCAAAGUGGCUAACAGAAUCCUACUGGCCGGACUAAAAAGAAGACUAGACGAGUACAAAGGAAGAUGGGUAGAAGAACUCUACAGCGUCCUAUGGAACUACCGUACCACCCCUAGAGAAUCAACGGGCGAAACUCCAUUAGCCCUAGCCUAUGGAACGGAGGCUGUAAUUCCUGUAGAGAUCGGCGCACCCACGCCAAGGACAGAAGACAACCAACUAAACUUAGUUGAAAAUGAAGUAGAGCUCAGGAACAAUCUGGACCUCUUGGACGAAAAGAUCAACAGAUCAGAUAUCAGGAUGGAAGCCUACAGACAGAAAAUGGCAAGACAUUUCAACAGCCAUGUGAAAAAAAGAAAGUUCGAAUUAGGCGACCUCGUCAUGAGAAAGACCGAAGUUAUGAAGGGAGCAGCAGGGACCGGAAAGCUGCAACCAAAUUGGGAAGGACCUUACACCAUCAGCAAGGUCAUUAAAGAAGGAACAUUCAAACUCACCAACUCCAUGGGAAUAACCAUACCCAGAGCAUGGAACGCCAACAACUUAAGGAAAAUUUAG